AUGUUUACGUUACGUAUAUAUUCAAUACUCACGCCGAAUGAUCGGAGACAGUCGAUAAUGUCAGAGCUCUCUCAGGGAUAUGUUUAUCUCUGGAUUAUCUCCAGAUUCAUCUUAAUAUAGUUACAGAGAAUUUACACAAAAUUUACACUCCGUGUUCUGUUCUCUUGCAAUGUCUUGCAUCACUUAUCUCAACAGUAGAAGAGGAUAAUUAAUUAUGAUGACUCGUCAACUUGUUUUGCUGAAUUUUCGCAUAAUUGAUUAUUCAUGCUAAUUUAUUCCAUUUCUCACGGGUCUAUCAAUUGCACUCGCUGCUUGGUUAAAAGAUUGACUCUUUCCAUCAGCUAUUAUGACCAUUUUAAAGACUUUGAUCGCCGGAGGGCAAGUGUGCCUCAGAAGAUCUUAUGCUACAAGUUCAAAGUUUAUUGAGACUACGCGAGAUAAUGAGAUCGAGAUCAUAUCUAUGGCAAGAAAACCUGUCAACAGUUUGAACGUAGAGCUGUUAAGCGAAUUGAAGGCAUCUUUAUUGGAGGCUCAAAACAGCCGCAGUAAAGGCAUCAUAUUGACAUCGUCUUUGCCAACUGUGUUCUCCGCAGGAUUAGAUAUCAUGGAAAUGAUAACGACUGAUAAAGAAAAACUUUCUAAUUUCUGGCAAACGUUACAAGACACUUGGUUAACUAUUUACAGUAUGACUAUACCGAUCGCUGCUGCUAUCAAUGGUUCUAGUCCUGCCGGAGGCUGCCUGUUGGCACUAUCUACGGAAUACAGAGUUAUGGUUGAAGGCAAGUAUACUAUAGGAUUGAACGAAACGAAAUUGGGUAUCGUCGCUCCGAAAUGGUUCAGGGAUAUGUUUAUUUCGGCGAUAGGUUAUCGACAAGCCGAGCUGGCGCUUUUAAGAGGAACACUGUUUAAGUCUGAGAAAGCAUUGCAGCUUGGACUUGUAGACGAGCUCGCUAAAGAUAAAACGGAUACCAUCGAAAAGUGCAAAAAUUACAUAUUGUUUUAUAAUAAUAUACCAGGUUUUGGGAGGACCGGAACCAAGUUAGAUUUGAGAAACGACUUGAUUCAGUGGAUGAAAAAAAAUAAGCAGGCUGAUAUCGACGUUUUCGUGAACUAUAUACAUUCACCGAAAAUACAAGCUGGCCUUAAAUUUUAUGUUGAAUCUUUAAAACAGAAGCAGUAAUAGAUAUCUUGGUAAGAGACAAUAUUAAUCUUGUUUGUAUUAAUAAUCUUGCCUAUUAAUCAAGAUUUUGUAUACUUU